UGUAUGAACUGGAAAGUUUUAAACCAAUUAUGUAUGACCACAAUAAUCAAGUUAAGCCAGUACUGGUAAUAUCUGUUGAUGGAGGAUCAGAGGAGAAUCCAAGGUAUUAUAAAAUGUAUCAUAAGACAAUAGCUUAUACUACGAAACACUUUAAAGAAUUUGCGCUGAACGCAGUAUUUAUAAUGACUUAUGCACCUGGACGCUUGGCAUUUAAUAGAGUGGAGAGGCGUAUGGCUCCAUUAAGUAAAGCUUUAAGUGGUGUAAUCCUGACAUACAAUUUUUAUGGAGACCAUAUAAAUUCUAGAAGAGAAACUGAAGAUUCAGAACUUGAAAUAAACAAUUUUGAGUAUCUGUGAUUGAAUUGGCUGUACCAUUUUUUUUUUCAACAAC